UUUCUUUCUUUGAAUGUAUCGCCCAAACCCUAAGUUUCAUUGGUUUCCCUACGAGUUCUCGUUUCGUUAUUCAUGUUUAUCCCCAAAUUUCAUUGAUUUCUCAAUCAUUUCCCAGUUCUCACCCUGCUAAAGCCAUGGGCUAUCAACAGCGUGAUCCCGAAAACCUCAUAUCCCUACGAUAUCAUGAGCAAUUUCUCUGCGUGGUUGGAAAUCCGUCUAUUUUACUUUCGAAUCGCGCCCUGCCUAGUUGACAGUGUGCCGGAUCACCUCACCCUCUGCUACCUCUGCCGUGAAAUUGGUUUCUCCCUCGAAAUCCCGGCUUCUGAUUCCGCUUCGUUUACCCUCCGCCACGACCGUCUCAACCGAGAAUCAUCCAAGGUCACUUAUGUAAGCACGGAUAGCGUUCGCGUCACGGGAGGGUUUGAAUUCGAGGUGCACGAGAAUGGAAAGAUGAUGCCGUGUGGCUCUUUGGAGAGGAUAGAAGGUGAAUGGAGCAUGAAAUGUUAUAUGGCGGCAGCGGUAAUGGAGCCUGGGAAUUCAGUUCUUUUUCAACUAAAAAUGGGGUUUCAGUGCCUGGCAUUGAAGUUUAUAUAGUGGGGGGUGUUCUGCGGGUGUGCCCUUGAUAUUUACCAAGAUUAUACCUGCUCCUUGGAGGAAAAGUGGAUCUAGGCUUAGUUCGACGCUGGAUGCAAAUCCGGAGGAUGAAAAGAUUGACGAAGGGAAUAAUAAAGGUGGAAAUGAAUUGAUUAGACACCGCAAUAAGCAGGUAAAAUUGGCAUUUCAAGUGAGUGAAGUGACUAUAAAUCCAUAAUGAUUUUUGAUUCCAUCAUGUUAAGGGAAUUGUGGCAUCCUGUGAGAAACAUUGAUUGUUUUAGAAAUCUUACAACAAAGAUUUUAUUUAUGGCCUUAGCACAUGAAGAAUGUUAUUGCUCUUAUAAUUAUGCAGAGUUGAAUUGUAA